AUGGGCUGGACAUUCAACACCAGGGACCCGGAUGCCCCUACCAUUGGGCCGUUGAUCACUGGAGUUUCAGCUGCUCUCACCUUUGUCUCUCUCGUGACGGUAUGUCUCCGGGUCUAUGUGCGGGCUGCCAUGAUCAAAGCCUUCGGUGUCGGUAAGACUCCCACGCGAGAUUUGGAAGAAACACCAAGCAGCGAAGAAGAAAAGAAAAGCACUAACAUCUCGGCUGUCCAGAAACAAAAUGGGGUCUUGGUCUACGGAACAUUGAUGACUUGCCCCCCGAAAAUAUUUAUAACUUUGGGCUUGUCAGUGUGCCACCAUCAACCUAGCAAAGAAAAUCAUCAUGAGGCUAACCGCCAUCACCAACAGAUUCAAUACAUGGGCGCACCAUUCUACAUCAGCAGUAUCUUGGGCUUCAAACUAGCCCUGCUGUUCUCCUACCUUCGCUUCAUCCCCAAGGGUAUUUACCGAUACAUGACCAUUGGCGUCAUCGUCGCCUGCUGUCUCUUCCACCUUUCUUUUCUCAUCGUUCAGAUCAACCUCUGCCAGCCAAUCGCUUUACAAUGGGACCCAACCAUCACAGAAGGAUCCUGCAUCAAGGGAGUGCCCUUCUACACCAGCAUGGCCUCCCUCACCAUCGUCUUUGACGUUAUUGUUAUGCUCACCCCCUUCCCCGUCCUCGUCAAAUCCCGCAUCCAAAACCGCAAAAAGCUCGUCCUCCUCGGCCUCUUUGGUCUCGGCCUCUUCAUCACCGUCAUCCAAAUCAUCCGCAUCCAAACCGUCAAGCAACUGGCCAACUACCUCGACUCGGCCCCGUUGAUCCUCUGGUCCGCCGUGGAAAACAAUCUCGGUAUCAUCGUCGCCAACGUGCCCACCCUCGCCCCGCUGGUCAAGUACUACAAUGAGAAAUCCACCGGUGGAGGAAGUGGUCUCCGCUCCAAGAAGACUGGUUACGCCUCCCAGGACGUCGGCUCGAGAUAUGCGAUGAGGACGUGGAAGAGCAACAGGUCCAAGGCGUUGGAAUUGGGCAGUGUGCAUGAUGCUACGGACGGGAGUUUUGAGGGGCAUGUGAUGAAGGGGAAUACCAGCACCGAGAUGAUUUUGGAUCAUGAGGGGAUUACGAAGAAGGUGGAGGUUGUUAUUACUCGCAACUAG